AUGACGAGGGAAGGGAGCUCAAGAGAUUUGAGCUGGGACACAUGGGACAUAUGGUGCAAGAUGUAUGAGGACAAGUUUGGUCCAGUGAGCCCCUCAACAAAGGUGCCGAAGCUGGCAGGUGCAAAUGGCUUCAGCCAUAUUGUGGCGGGCAGAGAGCCAGGUAAUUACCGCCUACUGUACCACCAGAAGAUUAGAGAGCGGGAAACCAAGCGGAAGCAGAUUGGUGAACGAGCGAAAGGCAAAAUGGAGAUGGAGAAGCAGGAGAAGGAAAGCAGGAAAGUGCAGAUGCUGACGGGACCAGUACCGAAAAGAAGGAAAGGGGCAGCAAAACAACGACCAACAGACACCAAACGAGAAGGGCUUAUGAAGCAGCUGGGGAUUUCAGGUAGCAAGGGCACCCCCAAGAAAUUGUCUAUGACGGGGUCGAACCAGCGAAUCAUGAACGCCCCAUUGGUUCAGACAGCGAGUUCAGGGAAGAGGAAACCCCCAGACUUGUGGGGCGUGCCCAGCGCAAAGAGGCGACCUUUCUAG